UGGUCCUUCAACCACUACUUGGACGACUGGAAUUUUAUUGCGACGCAAGCAGCAUCUAACAACGGCGCACUGGCUUCUUUCAACGGCGCAUUGGCUUCAUUCAACUGCGCACUGGCUUCUUUCAACUGCGCACUUCAACGUUGCUGUUUAGUCUUCCGACCAGAAUUCUACGGGUCUUACAACGCACUAAGAGAAGAACAAGAAGAGGAUUACCUAUAUGGAUAGUGCAUAAAGACCGUGAGAUCGUUCCAUUAUCUUAUCUUUACACAUCCAUCCUCAUAUCAUCUUCACUUUAACUUCUCCAUUAUCAUAAUCAUUCCAUCAUAAUUACCAUUCAUGUAAUUAUCAUUUUCAUUACAAACCAUAAAAGGUUAUUGCCAUUUACUUCAUUAGUUAUUUGCAGUCAUAGUAUAUAUAUGCGUGAUUCCAUAGUGUACUGCGUAGUACUGCAUAAUAAUGCGUAGAUAGUGAUUGAUUAGCAAAUCUUAUUAUUAUUUUAAUCACACACAGUCAUUUAACGAAUUAAUCACAAUCAAUAUCAUAUUCAUAACCAUAAUACGUGGCAUUCUUUCAUAAAAUCAUAACGUAAUUAAUAACAUUAUAACCUUAAAACAAAUAAUUGAUCUUGCAACUUGUAAAUAGUAGAAAUGCAAUUAAUAUCAUUAGUCUGCGUUUAGUUGCUUCACUAAUAACCAAUAAGUAUACAAUAUUUCUAUUACUGUGUAUUAAUUUUUGUUUUUUUUUUCCUAGGUCGUUCGGUAGUUCGACUUUGUACUACUGUUUUUUAAAAACUGCGAAGCGUGGUGCAAAAACAUUAAACAGAUUAGUAUCGUUUCUAUUUGCUACUUUAUAAAAAUAGUAAUUUAAAACUAUCAGCUAUAACAAAAUAAAAAUAAUUAUUCUUUUUUAUUUCCUUUUAUUUGCAAUUCAACUUCAUCAUAUAGUAUUCAUUCAACUCAUCUUAAUUAACGUUUACAAUGUCAGAAUCUAAAUCAACACAACUAAAUCAAUUAAUUAAAAGACGUGGAACAUUUAAAAGUAAACUUACAAAUUUUUGCAAUUAUAUUAAUAUUUUAAAAGAAAGUUCCGCUGUUAGCAAUGCAGCUAUUCAAUUUGAACUGCAAUCGCGUAUUGAUAAAAUGGAAUUACUAUAUUCUGACUUUGAUAAUCUUCAGGGUGAGAUCGAGGAACUCGCUGACGAUCCUGAUCAGAGGUAUCAGGAACGAGACGUGUUCGAGAACCAGUAUUACUCGGCUGUCGCGACUGCUAAAACCCUGUGCCAGUCAUCAUCAACUUCGUCACAUUCCUCAAAUCACGAGGGAAUGGGAGGAAUACAGAAACAAUCGCAACGAUCCACCUACUCUAGAUAUUUUUUUAACCUUUUUAACUAACAGAGCAGAUCUUUUGGAGACUUUGGAGGAGGCAAAAAAUAACAGAGCUAUGGUCAAGGUGCUCGACGGCCAUGGAAAAUCACAUGCCGCUAGAGUCUUAUUAGACAAUGGAAGCACAGGAAACUUUGUCACAAAGGAAUUUUGUGCCAAACUCAAUCUUCUUACCAACGCUACGAAUUCAAGAGUAACAGGCAUCAAUCAACAGAAAACCAAAUGGCACCGGUCCUAUGGCGAGCUGAAAGAGGGAAUGUGUCGUUAUCAAGGAGAAGACGUCUGCCCCCUUGAUGUGGCUUCUGGGACGCGUUGUACGUGUCCUGCCUGGAAGAGACGGCGUAGCAAGGGUUGCAGACAUCCAAACGAAGAGGGGUGUCAUUCGCCGGGCAUACAAUACCAUAUGCCCCCUGCCUGUCAAGAGCUUUGA